AUGGCUGGUAGCAGUGCAGUAACCCAAAGUCUGCUGGUGGAGUCUUCAGUGUGCGACUCCAGGAUGCUAGAUACGUCCAAGGACCAUUUGUUUCGGGGCUUAACACCAGAUGACGCAGACGAUUGUCUGCCGCAAGUCAAGACCAGAGUUGUACUUGUUGGAGAUGCUGGAAGCAAUGAAGAGCUUGUGAAAACAUUGGAGGCCAUCAAAGUAAUGGAGGUCCCUGUGGUAAAGAUUAAAGGAGGAGUUCCAGGCACUGAGUUGAUCAAAUCAAUAGUUAAUAUGGACAUUAAUGUGCCUUGCAUUAAGACGGACAACGUGAGGGAGUUUGGAGAUGGAGAGAACACCGAGUUUGAGACAGUCUUUGUGCUGACGGACUUUCGGUCACCUGACUACAGUUACUUGUACAAGAACGAUAACCGAAUCGUGGGUCCGCCACUCAUUCGAUACUGCGCGGCUAGAGAGGAGCCUUUGCCCUUCUCCUCUCGACCACUGUACUCCACCACCAUGCUGAACCUCGUGCUCUGCUUCACCGGCUUUCGUAAGAAAGAGGAAGUUGUGACUUUGGUCAGCCUGGUGCAUCACAUGGGGGGCACCAUUCGCAAGGACUUCAGCUCCAAAGUCACCCACCUCAUAGCAUGUUCAACUCACGGAGAGAAGUACAGGCUGGCGGUGUGUAUGGGCACGCCAAUCCUUACCCCAGACUGGAUCCAUAACUCCUGGGAACAGAGGGACAAGGUGGACUUCAAUGCGGGAGACGAGGAGUUCCGCAAUGAAUUCAAAGUCCCUCCUUUCCAAGACUGCGUGCUCAGUUUCCUGGGCUUCUCUGAGGAAGAGAGGAAGAACAUGGAGGAGAGGACGCUGAGGCAUGGUGGCCGUUUCUUGGAUGUCGGAGAUGAGAAGUGCACCCACCUGGUAGUAGAGGACAACUCUGUUAAAGAGCUUCCUCUCUUGCCACCAAAAAGAUUGUACAUUGUAAAGCAGGAGUGGUUCUGGGGAAGUAUACAGAUGGAUGGCAGAGCAGGAGAAUCAAUGUAUUUAUAUGAAAAGCCAGACGGCCCUGCCAUGCAGAAGUGCGUGUCCCUGCUGUCCCUCAGCACGCCCUACAGCCACCACAAGAAACGGCGCCUCAGGGAGACGCUGGCCCAGCUGACCAAAGAGACGGAGAUCUCCCCCUUCCCUCCCCGCAAGAGGCCGUCAGGGGAGCACCCGGCAUCCAUAGGCUCCCUGCUGGACAUCUCCAACACGCCUGAGUCCGGAAAAUCUCCUGGAGAACUGUCCAGGCCACUGAAGAGCGUGGGGGCCCCCCCGAAGCCGUCAGCGAGAUGGCAGGUCUCCAAGGAGCUGUACCAGACUGAGAGCAACUACGUGGGCAUCCUCACAACAAUCCUACAGCUGUUUAAGUAUCCACUGGAGAAAGAGGGACUAGUUGGAGGUCCAAUUCUGGCUCAAGAGGAAAUCAAGACCAUUUUUGGUAGCAUCCCAGAUAUAUAUGAAGUACAUACAAGGAUAAAGGCAGAUCUGGAAGAGCUGGUCAUUAACUGGUCGGAGGAGAAAAGUGUUGGCGAUAUCAUUCUCAAAUAUUCCAAAGACUUGGUUAAGGCUUACCCACAGUUUGUCAACUUCUUUGAGAUGAGCAAAGAGACCAUUGUAAGAUGUGAGAGGCAGAAACCGAGAUUCCACGCCUUCCUGAAGAUCAAUCAGGCGAAGCCGGAGUGUGGGCGACAGACGCUGGCGGAGCUGCUGAUUCGCCCGGUGCAGCGGUUGCCAAGCGUCGUUCUCCUCCUCAACGAUAUAAAGAAGCACACUCCAGAGGACAAUCCCGAUAAGGUCACCUUGGAAAAAGCCGUGGAAUCGCUCAAGGAGGUUAUGACCCACAUAAAUGAGGACAAGAGGAAGACAGAGGGACAGAAACAGAUCUUCGACGUUGUUUACGAAGUCGAUGGUUGUCCAGCAAACCUCCUGUCCUCGCAUCGCAGCCUGGUCCAGCGGGUAGAGACGGUUGCUUUAGGGGACAAACCCUGUGACCGCGGGGAUCACGUGACCUUGUUUCUGUUCAGCGACUGCCUGGAGAUCGCCAGGAGGAGGCACAAGGGGAUCGGAACGUUCCGGAGCCCGCUGGUCCAGGCGCGCGCCCCGGCCCCGCUCAAGCAUGUCGCCCUCAUGCCCUUGUCCCAGAUCCGGAGGGUACUGGAUCUGCGGGACACGGAUGAGUGCAGGAACGCCUUCGCCCUGCUGGUGCACCUGCCCACCGAACAGGACCACCUGCUGUUCAGCUUCCAGCUGACAGCCCAGGACGUGGCGAAGGCGGCCUGGCUUAGGACACUGUGCCGGCAGGUGGCCAACACCAUCUGCAAGGCCGACGCGGAUGUGCUGAUAAAGUGUGCCGAUCCUGACUCCCUCCAAGUGAACACAAAGGACGUUGACAGCACCUUGAGUCGAGCGUCCAGAGCCAUCAAAAAGACAUCAAAAAAGGUCACGAGAGCAUUUUCGUUCACCAAAACGCCUAAACGGGCGAUCCAGAGGGCCCUCAUGGCCACCAGCUCCCCUGACGACCCUGAACUCAAGAGCCACCUUUCUGCUCUCCAUUCCCCAUCCAUGGUUGACCUUCCGUCGAUGUUCGAGAGGAAAUACCUAAGUUACAGUCGGUCUACAAGUCACCUCUUAUGA